AUGGGAGCUUGUCAAAACCAAUUAAGCACAGCUACUAACGAGGAGAAGUAUAGGAUUACGGAUGGAUAAACUACAUCAUCCUUUCAGCUUCUCACCUCUUAUAAAAAUUUGCAGAGAAAAGAAACAAAAUUGCCCAUUAUAUAAGAUUUGAAGAUUUCUAAGUCACUCUUUGUAACAACGUUAGAUCAGAAAUUCUAAGAUAAUUACAGAAUUGGAGCAUUUCUUGGCUCAGGUAAUCACUGCAAAAAAUAAUUAAUCACAGUUUCAAAAGUUAAUUUUAUGUAGGAGGCUAUGGAGAAAUUAAUCUCAGGAGGUGAAUUGUUUGAAGAGCUUAUCAGAAGACGAAGAUUCGAGGAGAAAGAUUCUGCCUAAAUCAUGUCCAAGAUAUUUUCAGCUAUUUCAUACUGCCACGAAAAUAAUGUGAUUCACAGAGAUUUGAAACCAGAAAAUAUCUUAAUAGAUUAUAUUAGCAACAAUGAGAUAGAUGUAAAAGUGAUUGACUUUGGUGCAAGUGUAUUUCAUGAUCCAAAAAAACUCCAUACUGAAAAAUUUGGAACAGUCUAUUAUGUGGCCCCAGAAGUACUUGCAGGGAGAUAUGACUAUAAAUGUGACGUGUGGAGUCUGGGUGUAAUACUAUAUGUGCUUUUAUGUGGAGAAGCACCAUUUGGUGGCAAAAAUGAUAAUGAAAUUUUAGCAAAGAUUAAAAUCGGGAAUUUAGAAUUUAAAUAGUAAAUAUGGACAUAAAGAAGUUCAAUGAGCAAAGAUAUAAUUAGGAUGCUGCUGAAUUUUGAUAAAGACCAUAGAGUGAACUGCACUUAAGCUCUUGAGCAUCCUUGGAUCAAGUAAAAAAUUCACUUAGAGUUAUCAAAGACUCACCUUGACACUACUUUUUCAAAUCUAUAGAAAUUUACAUAAAAUAAACUUCAAGAGGCAGCUCUAACAUACAUAGUAUUUCAAUUGACUUCCUAAGAGGAACAGGAAAGUUUGAUCAAGUCUUUCAAGAAGUUUGAUAAAAAUGGGAAUGGCACCAUUUCAAAAGAAGAAAUGAUUUAGGGGUAUCAAGAAAUGUAUGGAUUUCAUAUGUCUUAGUUUGAGAUCGAGUACGAAGUGGACAUGAUUUGGAAUAGAAUUGAUCUUGAUGGGAAUGGGAAAAUAGACUUUACUGAAUGGGAGGUAGCUACUAUUAAUAAAAAGGAUGCUCUGACUCAUCGAAAACUAAAAAAGGCCUUUGAUAUGUUUGAUCUGGAUAGAAAUGGAACAAUAAGUGCCUUAGAGCUUAAGUAAGUUAUGGGUUCUUUUGUCGGAGAUUUAAUUUCUGACAAGGUGUGGCAAGAUAUGAUAAAUGAAGUUGAUAAAAACGGGAAUGGUCUAAUAGAUUUCGAAGAAUUCCAAAGCCUCAUGUCAAUUUUUCUGGUAAAUGGUGGCUAGAGCAGAUAAUGA